AUGGCUGCCAUACUCUGUGAAAAUUGCCCUGGUCAGUACCCCUAUACCCAGGUCAACCAGCCGCUUGAACUGAGCUGCAUGCUGCUCUUGAUUAUGUUCGGAAAAGUGUUCCUUGAUUUCUUCAUGUUGCAAGUUAAGAAAAAAAAUGUGAAAGUUAGUUUUAUGAGUUACUUCUGUGUUUCACUGGCACUUGUCGAUUUCACACUGCUGAUGAGUAUCUCUUUCAUUUUUUAUUUUGAGGACUUUGCACUCUGGGGUGUGCGAUUUACGAAGUACCACAUUUGCCUGUUCACUCAGGUGAUUUCUCUUACCUAUGGUAUUCUGCAUUAUCCAGUGUAUCUUGUGGCUGGCCUGGACUAUUACAUGACUAUAGCCCAAACUUCUCAGUUUCCUAAAAGAGGUCAAAGAUUACUUUAUAUAUUUACUGUGGUCGUUAUAUGGAUUUCGGGUUUUUUUUGUAUUCUGAAAGUUCCCGCUAUCUGUGAAGAACUAGACACUCAGAACCGUUUUUCUCCUUAUUGGUGUCCCCUCUAUGGCAGCCUGCAGAGUUACUCAGUCUCGUGUGCCAUGGUGCUGCUCACAGGCACAGCUCUCCUGGCUUGUCGGAAGGAAGUUACAACCAUGCUGCUGUCUGUCAGGGUAGUUUCCUUUGCCAGUCAGCCUGUUCUUAUGUUCUCCUAUGUGUCCAACAACAACAGCACUUGCUUUAAGUGGCAGCUUCUGACCAGACUCCUCAUCUGUUUUCUUGGCACUUGGGCACCUUUUGUUCUUCUUCAAAUCAUCAUUUUGUUUCUCGGUGCCCGGAUUCCAGCCUACAUGGAGAUGAACGUCCCCUGGCUGUACUUCAUCAACAGCUUUCUCAUCGCAGUAGCAUACUGGUGUCGGUGUCACGAUGUUGAAUUGACAGAGGAGAUGUGGUCUACAGAUCCAUUUGUUAGCUGGAAAUUCUGCUUUAUCCCAUUUAACAAUGAAAGCACAGAGCCAGCUGAUAAGCCAGGCACAGUAAUUGUAAUCUGUUAA